AUGUCUUCUUCUUCUUCUUCUUCUUCUUCUUCUUCUUCUUCUUCUUCUUCUUCUAUGUGCCAUGUCCAUCGAGAACGUCUCUCUCUUUCUCUCCUAAUUCAUCUGUUCUAUAUUAUCUCUCUUUUUCUAUGUGUUAUGUCUCUAACUCUUCUCCUCUAUAUUCCAUCUUCUUUUUAUUCUUCUUUAUGUGUCUCUCUCUCUCCUUCUAAUUAUGUCUCUCUUUUCUUCCCUAUGUGUUAUCUUUCUCCACUUCUUCUCCAUGUGUUAUGUCUUCUCUUCUUCCCUAUUUGUUAUGUCUCUCACUUUUUUCCCUAUUUGUUAUGUCUCUCACUUUUUUCUCUAUGUGGUCUCUCUCUUCUUCUCAUGUGUUAUGUCUCUCUCUUCUUCUCUCUCUCUCUCUUCUUCUCCAUGUGUCUCUCUCUCUUCUUUAUUUGUCUCUACUUUUCUUCUCUCUCUCUCAUGUCUCUUUCCCUAUUUGUUAUGUCUCUCUUCUUCCCUAUUUGUUAUGUCUCUCACUUUUCUUCCCUAUUUGUUAUGUCUCUCUGUUAUGUCUCUCUCUUCUUUCCUAUUGUCUCUUCUUCUAUUUUCUCUCUCUUUUCUUCCCUAUUUGUUAUGUCUCUCACUUUUUCUUCUCUAUGUGUUAUGUCUCUCUCUUCCCCAUUUGUUAUGUCUCUCUCUUCUUCCUUUAUUUAUGUCUCUUUUCUUCUUCCCUAUUUGUUAUCUCUCUCCUUUUCUUCUUUAUGUCUCUCUCCAUGUGUUAUGUAUUUUAUGUCUCUCUCUCUUCUCCAUUUGUUAUGUCUUCUUCCCUAUUUGUUAUGUCUCACUUUUCUUCUCUAUGUAUUAUGUCUCUUUCUCUCUUCUUAUUUGUUCACUCUUCUUCUCCAUGUGUUAUGUCUCUCUCUUCCCUAUUUGUUAUGUCUUCUUUUCUUCCCAUUUGUUAUGUCUCUCUCUCUUCUUCCCUAUUUGUUAUGUCUCUCUUUUCUUCUCUAUUUGUUAUGUCUCUUUUCUUCUAUUUGUUAUGUCUCUCUCUUCUUCUCCUAUGUGUUAUGUCUCUCUCUCUUCUUCCCUAUUUGUUAUGUGUUAUGUCUCUCACUUUUCUUCCCUAUGUUAUGUCUCUCUCUCUUUCCUUCUCUCUCUCUUUAUUUGUUAUGUCUCUCUCUCUUCUUCCCCUUUGUUUGUUCUCUUUCUUCCCUCACUUUUUCUUCUUAUGUCUCUCUCUCUUCUUCCCUAUUUGUUAUGUCUCUCUCUUCUUCUUCCCUAUUUGUUAUGUCUCUCUUUUCUUCUCUAUUUGUUUUCUCUCCUCUUCUUGUAUGUGUUAUGUCUCUCUCUCUUCUUCCUUCUCUCUUCCCUAUGUGUUAUUUUUGUCUCUCUUCUUCCCUAUUUGUUAUGUCUCUUUUCUUCUCUAUUUGUUAUGUCUUCUUCUUCUUCCAUGUGUUAUGUCUCUCACUCUUCUUCUCUAUGUGUUAUGUCUCUCUCUUCUUCUCCAUGUGUUAUGUCUCUCUCACUUUUCUUCCCUAUUUGUUGUCUCUAUUUCUUGUCUUUUAUGUCUCUCACUUUUCUUCUCUCUCACUCUUCUUCUCAUUUAUGUUAUGUCUCUCUUUUCUUCCCCUUAUUUGUUAUGUCUUCUUUUUCUUCCUAUGUUUCUCACUUGUUCACCAUGUGUUAUGUCUCUCUCUUCUUUAUUUGUUAUGUCUCUCUCUCUUUUCUCUCACUUUUUUUCUUUGUUAUGUCUCUCCUCUUUUCUCUAUUUGUUAUGUCUCUCUCUUCUUCCCUAUUGUUAUGUCUCUCUCUCUUCUUCCCUAUUUGUUAUGUCUCUCUUUCUCUUCUUCCCUAUCUUCUUCUCCAUGUCUCUCUCUCUUCUUCCCUAUUUGUUAUGUCUCUCACUUUUCUUCCCUAUUUGUUGUGUUAUGUCUCUCUCUCUCUUCUUCCCUAUUUGUCUCUCUCUUUCUUCUCUCUUCUUUUCUUCCCUAUUUGUUAUGUGUCUCUCACUUUUCUUCUCCAUGUGUUUGUCUAUCCUCUUCUUCUCCAUGUGUUAUGUCUCUCUAUUUGUUAUUUCUUCUCUAUUUGUUAUGUCUCUCUCUUCUUCUUCUCCAUGUGUUAUGUCUCUCUCUCUUCUUUCCUAUUUGUUAUUUGUUAUGUCUCUCUUCUUCUUUCUCCCUAUUUGUUAUGUCUCUCUCUUUUCUUCCUAUUUGUUAUGUCUCUCUCUCUUCUUCCCUAUUUGUUAUGUUCUUCUUUUCUAUGUGUUAUGUCUCUAUUUGUUAUGUCUCUCUCUCUUCUUCUCUUCUUCUCCAUGUGUUCUUCCCUAUUUGUUAUGUCUCUCACUUUUCUUCUCUAUGUGUUAUGUCUCUCACUCUUCUUCUCCAUGUGUUAUGUCUCUCUCUCUUCUUCCCUAUUUGUUAUGUCUCUCUCUCUUCUUCCCUAUUUGUUAUGUCUCUCUCUCUUCUUCCCUAUUUGUUAUGUCUCUCUUUUCUUCCCUAUUUGUUAUGUCUCUCACUUUUCUUCUCUAUGUGUUAUGUCUCUCACUCUUCUUCUCCAUGUGUUAUGUCUCUCUUCUUCCCUAUUUGUUAUGUCUUCUUCCCUAUUUGUUAUGUCUCUCUCUCUUCUUCCCCACUUUUUCUUCUUAUGUGUUAUGUCUCUCUCUUCUUCUCCCUAUGUGUUAUGUCUCUCUCUCUUCUUCCAUUUGUUAUAUGUCUCUCUCUUCUUCUCUUCUUCCCUAUUUUUUGUUAUGUCUCUCUCUUUUCUUCCUAUUUGUUAUGUCUCUCUCUUCUUCUUCCCUACUUUUCUUUACUAUGUGUCUCUCUCUCUUCUUCUAUUUGUUUUGUCUUCUCUUGUUAUGUCUCUCUCUCUUCUUCUCUACGUGUUAUGUCUCUCCCUCUUUAUGUGUUAUGUAUUUCUCUUUUCUAUAUGUUAUACUUUUUCUCUAUGUGUUAUGUCCUCUUCUUCUCCAUGUGUUAUGUCUCUCUCUCUUCUUCCAUUUUUGUUAUGUGUCUCUUUUCUUCCCUAUUUGUUAUGUCUCUCUCUCUUCUUCCCUCUCUCUUCUCUGUGUUAUGCCUCUCUUUUCUUCUCUAUGUUUUAUGUCUCUCUCUUAUUACAUUUUUAUUAAUCCUAUAUCUAUCUAUCUAUCUAUCUAUCUAUCUAUUCUUUUUCUUUAUCUUUUUCUUUUCUGUGUUUUGUUCUUUUCCGUUUGUUUCCUUCUCUGUCUGCCUCUCUUUCUAUCACUCUUUUUUUCUCUCUCUCAAGCUUUCUCUUUCUCUUUCCUCUGUCUUUUUUUUUUGCUUUUUUUUUUUCAUUUUGUUUUGCUCUCUUUUUUUUGUCUGCAUUUUGCCUUUUUCUUUCCUCUCUCUUUGCUCCUCUUUCUUUCUUUCUUUCUUUCUUUCUUUCUUUCUUUCUUUCUUUCUCUAUUACAUUCUUUCUUUUUCUUCCGCUUUCUUUUUCUUCCGCUUUCUCUUUCUUUCUUUCUUUCUUUCUUUCUUUCUUUCUUUCUUUCUUUCUUUCUUUCUUUCUUUCUUUCUUCUUUCUUUCUUUCUUUCUUUCUUUCUUUCUUUCUUUCUUUUUUCUUUCCAUUUAUUUCUCUUCCCUUUCUUUCUUUUCUCUUUCUUUCUUUCUUUUUUCUUUCUUUCUUUCUUUCUUUCUUUUCUUUCUUUCUUUCUUUUUUCUUUCUUUCUUUCUUUCCAUUUAUUUCUCUAUCCCUUUCUUUCUUUCUUUCUUUCUUUCUUUCUUUCUUUCUUUCUUUCUUUCUUUCUUUCUUUCCAUUUAUUUCUCUAUCCCUUUCUUUUUCUUUCUUUCUUUCUUUCUUUCUUUCUUUCUUUCUUUCUUUCCAUUUAUUUCUCUAUCCCUUUCUUUCUUUUUCUUCCGCUUUCUCUUUCUUUCUUUCUUUCUUUCUUUCUUUCUUUCUUUCUUUCUUUCUUUCUUUCCAUUUAUUUCUCUAUCCCUUUCUUUCUUUCUUUCUUUCUUUCUUUCUUUUUUCUUUCUUUCUUUCUUUCCAUUUAUUUCUGUAUCCCUUUCUUUCUUUCAUUUCUUUUCUUUCUUUCUUUCUUUCCCUUUCUUUCCAUUUUUUCUCUAUCCUUUUUUUUCUUUCUUUCUUUCUUUCAUUUAUUUUCUUUCUUUCUUUCUUUUCUUUUCUUUUCUUUCUUUCUUUUUAACAGAUUUUCUUUCUUUCUUUUCAUUUCUCUUUCUUUCUUUCUUUCUUUUUUCUUUCUUUCUUUCUUUUUCAUUUAUUUCUCUCCUUUCUUUCUUUUCUUCCUUUUUAUUUCUUUCUUUUUUAUUUCCUUUCCUUUCUUUUCUUUCUUUCUUUUUCCAUUUAUUUUCUUUUUUUUUUUCUUUCUUUUUUUCUUUCUUUCUUUCCAUUUUUUUCUAUCCUUUUUCUUUUUCUUCUUUUUCUUUCUUUCUUUCUUUCCAUUUAUUUCUCUAUCCCUUUCAUUUAUUUUUCUUCUUUCUCUUUCUUUCUUUUUUCUUUCUUUCUUUUUUCUUUCUUUCUUUUCUUUCCAUUUAUUUCUCUAUUUUCUCUUUUUCGAGUCUUUCUUUCUUUCUUUCUUUCUUUCUUUAUUUCUUCAUUUCUUCCUUUCUUUCAUUUAUUUCCUUCUAUCCCUUUCUUUAGUUUCUUUCUUUUUACUUUUUUCCAUUUAUUUCUCCUAUUCCUUUCUUUCUUUCCCUUUCUUUCCAUUUAUUUCUCUAUCCCUUUCUUUCUUUCUUUCUUUCUGUUUUCUUUCUUUCUUUCUUUCUUUUCUUUCUUUCAUUUUAUCUAUCCCUUUCUUUUUUUUUCUUUUUUUCUCUUUCUUUCUUUCUUUUCUUUCUUUUCUUUCUUUCUUUCUUUCUUUCUUUCUUUCCAUUUAUUUCUCUAUCCCUUUCUUUAUUUUUCUGCCGCUUUCUCUUUCUUUCUUUCUUUUCUUUCUUUUCAUGGGAUUUUUCUUUUCUUUUCAUUUACUUUCUUCUUUGUCUGCUCCCUUUCUCUCUCUCUCAAUCUCUCUCUAUAAAAUUUUCCUUGUUUACCGUUUUUUAUUUCCUUUUCCCUACUACCUAUUUGCUGCUAUUUCUUUCUUUCUUUCUCUCUUUUUAUAUUUCCCUUUUUUUAUGAGUUUUUCUUUUUCUUUCCAGUCUCAUUUCUUCCUUUCUCUCUGUUCGCUUCUCUCUUUCAGUUUCGAUCUUUACGUUUGUCUGUUUUAUUCCUUUUCUCCCCUCUUUUUUUCCCCCUCUCGCCCUUCUGUUUUCCUUCUCAUUGUUGACUGCAUUUCAUCGACACCAACAUUUCUUCGGGAAUAA